AUGGAAGAGAAUUGUAUCUGGAGUACGAUCACCAGCUACUACGGCGAAACCAGGUACAACGGGACACCAGAAUCCAUUCAACGCGACAAGACAAUACUAAAAAGACCGUUCAAGAGAUGGUACAUCGCUCCGGCAGCCAUGGCCUUCCAGGCCAUCUGUGGAUCUGUUUACGCCUGGUCAGUCUUCAAUCGGCCUGUGGACAUAGCUAUUUAUGGCACUGAUCAGAAAGUAGCACCCAUUACCUUCUACAUCAACAUUGGAUGUCUAGGAGUCGCCGCCUCUUUGCUUGGGCCAUGGCUUGAGAGAAAUGGGCCUAGGAAAGCGGGCAUCAUUGGGGGCUCGAUGUUCUGCUUUGGUCACUGGGUUGCCGCUUUGGGCAUCUACCUCAAGUCCAUGGCCCUGGUCUUUUUUGGCUAUGGAGUCAUCUCUGGGCUCGGGCUCGGGCUUUGCUACAUCAGUCCAAUUUCAGCUCUCCAAAAAUGGUUCCCUGAGCGAAAGGGUUUCGGUGCUGGAUUGUCUGUCUGUGGGUUUGGUAUCGGUGGUUUAAUCUGUGCCAAGAUUCCCCUGCCUCUGAUCGAGGCUAUUGGACUCUCUCUGACAUUCGUCGUCAUCGGUGCCACGUACUGGGUCAUCCUCAUGAUCUGUGCUUUCGUCUUUCGGUUCCCUACUCCCGAGCGCACCAAGACCCGCGGUCCGGUUUUCCGUAAUGGCACUGUGUUCAUCACCCGUAAACAGCAAAAACAUGGCUCUGCAUACGACGACAAGUCGAUGCCUCCUGUCAUUGCCGAUUCCAAGGCCCCACCGCAGAACAGGAUCGUCUAUGAACCUGCGAUUGACCUGACUCUCCGUGAAGCCUUGAGCACCUAUGAGUAUCUAGGCAUGUACAUGAUGUUCUUGGCCAACCUAGUCUCGGGUCUGGUCAUCCUGUCACGUCUUGCGGAUAUGUGCAUCAACGUCUUUGAGAAGAGUGCCGAUACGGCCUCGACCGUCGUCGCCAUCAACGGUGGUUUCAACUUCUUUGGUCGCCUAAUGUUCUCAUCGCUCUCGGACGUGAUUGGCCGCAAACCUUCGUAUCUAGUCAUGUUGGGCACCCAAGUGGUCAUCCUCGCGGUCCUGCCACUGAUCUUUGUCACCAAGAAUUAUUGGGCAUUCCUCUUGGCCAUCUGGACCCUGACUUGUGCCUAUGGCGGUGGGUUCGGUACCAUCCCGGCAUUUAUCCAUGACCUGUUUGGCAUGCACAAUAUCUCAGGCUUGCAUGGAAUCCUCCUGACGGCUUGGAGUAUCGCCGGUGUGGGUGGUGGUAUCCUGUUCACAUUGAUUUACAACCACUUGAUCCAUGUUCGCGGCUAUAGUCCCUCGUCACCCGAAGUGUACAACAUCAAUUUCUACUGGCUGUGCGCGUGUGCGGCGAUCGGAUUCGUGGUUCUGUUGUUCGUGCGAUCGACCGUCAGGGACCGACUGUUGCCACGCGUGGGUGGCGAGGUGACGAGGCUACGUGUCUUUGGAAGGAUCCUGCGAUUUGAAAAGAACGGGACCUUCAAGUUCAAAGUCAAGUACCUCAGACAAGACGAGGAAGAGAAGGAGUGGGCUUCAUUCUGGCAGGCAAGUUUUAAAAUGGAUCUCAAGGUAAGUAUUAGAUGA